GCGAAGGAAUUAAAAAAAAGCCUGUCUACAGAAGAAAGAUACGUAGUUUGCAUCGCUUACGUUGUGCAGUAGUUACAAGGUUUCUUUCCUUCCCUCACCUCCCCUCACGAUUUUACACUAUUGGUAUCUGGUCAACCUAGCUGUGACCAUUCUGUGAAAUUGUCUAUUUCUAGCCGUGACUGCUGUGAUUUUUACAUAUUUUUACCGUGACAAAAUCACAUCCCUAAUCAUGGUACCUGGCUUCAUUAGUGUAAAAAAAAAGUCAUAAUUUUGAUCACUCUCUGCAAGCACAGUACAACAGAAAAACUACUGGUACUGUAACUCAUGCCUUACUAAUUAAAAAAUGUUAAAUAAAACAAAAUAACCUACAGGUCAGUUAUAUUAUUAUCCAACAAUAAUCUAGGUUACUGUUGUCUUCCCAAAACUGAUAUCUCUGUCCACAAGUUUUUAUAUGUACUUUUUUUCUUUUUGCGGUACAAACUGCUGAUAUAAAUGGUCAACCAGAGACUCUUUGCACAGAAAUGUUUGCAAAGUAUGCGAACCUCGAAAACAUCAUGAAGCCAGAAGAAAGCAGAGGAGUCCUGAUCGUGUCCCGCAGCUGGGCCAUUGACCUUGACCAGGAGAAGAAUGAUGAAGUUGUGUUUGAUGCCUUGCUGAUCUCAGAAAAUAGUCCCCCAACCCUGUACACAGUCAUACAGGAAGACAAACCAGAUUUGUGGAAGCAUGCCGGAUUAACAGCUUUUCAGUUGAAGCAGAAGCUGGUGAAUCUUGGAGGAUAUACAGAAAUGAUCUGUAUAAUACCAAAACUCCUUGAGUGUCACUCGGGGGCUUUAAUUGAGAGGGAAAAGAGGCACUCUGAUUUCAAUUUUCAUGUUCAUUACCCAAAUAGUUAUGGUUCUCCAGAUAUUGAAGCCUUGCUCCGUUCCUUGGUGAUUGUUUUGCUGAGUUUCAGAUCAUGUAUGAGUGACCAGCUUGGUUGUGAGUUCCUGAAUCUGCUCACAGCAGAGCAGUUUGAAAUUCUUCAUUCAAAGUACUACUUUGAAGAUUUCAGAAAAGUGUUUGUUCAUGGUUUACCUGGAACUGGGAAGACGGUUAUGGCAGCACAACUCAUGAGAAAAAUCAAGAUCACGCUGCAUUGCAAAACUGAAGAGAUACUUUAUAUAUGUGAGAAUCGGCCUCUAAGAUGUUUCAUGGAGUAAGUACAUAAAUGGGAGACUGGGAAGUUUUGCUACAGAGAAUAUGGAAGAGGCUUGAGUUUGUCAGAUAAAAUAACACUAUAAAUUUAAAAUCGCUUUAGUCACUGACUUUGUUUA